GACGCAGGUUCGAAUCCUCGUCACAGCCCUUGUGGAUCUGUAACGUUUGUUAAGGAAUACGAGUUUGGGGUGACAUGGUCACCCAAACUCCAGGACGGACUGAAAUGUCGUCGUCCCUUCACCUUCUAGUGUGUGGUCUGGUCAAACUCAUGUUUGUGUUAUAUAGACUGUUGAGAUUGACAAAUGCGUCAAUUUGUGGUCGACCGCUGCUUGCGGAUAGCUUGUGAUAUAGGCCAGUGAAGCCAUGUGGUCUCUGGAUUUACUUUAAAUAAGGGUUACGUUCUGACAUUUUAUGAGGGUCGUGAUUGUUUUAUCCUAUAUCCAAAUGACACUGCGCCUGUAUCCAAGUAUCUUAGCGCCUCAGAGGCCUGUAUCUAAGUACUACAGCACCUCAGAGGCCUGUAUCUAAGUAUUACAGCGCCUCAGAGGCCUGUAUCUAAGUAUUACAGCACCUCAGAGGCCUGUAUCUAAGUAUUACAGCACCUCAGAGGCCUGUAUCUAAGUAUUACAGCACCUCAGAGGCCUGUAUCUAAGUAUUACAGCACCUCAGAGGCCUGUAUCUAAGUAUUACAGCACCUCAGAGGCCUGUAUCUAAGUAUUACAGCACCUCAGAGGCCUGUAUCUAAGUAUUACAGCACCUCAGAGGCCUGUAUCUAAGUAUUACAGCACCUCAGAGGCCUGUAUCUAAGUAUUACAGCACCUCAGAGGCCUGUAUCUAAGUAUUACAGCACCUCAGAGGCCUGUAUCUAAGUAUUACAGCACCUCAGAGGCCUGUAUCUAAGUAUUACAGCGCCUCAGAGGCCUGUAUCUAAGUAUUACAGCACCUCAGAGGCCUGUAUCUAAGUAUUACAGCACCUCAGAGGCCUGUAUAUAAGUACUACAGCGCCUCAGAGGCCUGUAGCCUUAGGUAAGGUAAAAGUUUCUUAGACAAUUCUGGAGCAAGUAACAAGACAGGCCCAUAUGUCCUGCGUCGUAGCUCACUCUCUCAACAGUUUCCUAACUGUUCAUGAAUCAACAGACAAUAUUUCCUCUUUUAUAGCUGCUAUAUUUAAAGACCAUUUUAAAAUAUAGCAUUUUGAGUUUAUAGAGUUGUGACUCUUGGCAGCCGCAAGAGACGAGCGACAUGUAUCUCCCAUCAACGCCUGAUCCAGACUGACUCACUGCUGACCUGCCCACCCCACUCACUCACAGGAUUUCACUGGGUAUUAAUUUGCCCUUUUACUGAUAAUUAUUCCGUUUCGUAUUGACCUCAAGUAUACACUCGACUCGGAACGAAACUGGAAUAUUUUUGGGGUUUCGGCGAAGGGCAGCUGUAGAGGGGUAGUGCCCAAGGUGGUCAUCAGGUCGCUAAAAGUUGUAAUGUUUGCGUGACGUCAUGUGCUGGGCACCAGGGUGGGGGUAUGCGUGGGUAGGGAGGCUCAGUUGUGGUUGUGCCGUCGACCAGGCAGCACGUCACUCCAGGUUCCUCUAGGACUUAACACGCCGCUCACAGGUGAGGAAGAAUGACGGAGGGAGGGAGGCAGUGUGCCUCAGCACCUAGCAGCUAGGAAUGCUAUUCAUCAGCGCUACACAACUGUGCUAUGAGUUAAGGGGUGGAGUGCGUCAAGGUGGUGGUUUGGUUCCUGUGUUGCUGAAGCCAGUGACAAGAGCCAGCGUAUUGAUGCUCCCUGGCACCAAGUGGCACUCCUGAGUGACGAGAAUACUCACAAGUGAUCCUGGAGUGGAAUUAGGAGCUCCAACAUCAGAAUAUACGAAAUUUAUUGACCAUGUCUCACAUUGCUCAGCUCCUCGACUUACAUGGACCUGAGGGUUUGCUGUUUAUUGAAAAUAACUAAAGUUGCAGGAGUUCAGUUUUGUAUUAAAUGAAAUUUAGUGAACUUUAACUAAGCCAAAGAAAAAUUGUUGAAUACUAGUGAGAGUCAGCAAUAGUGAACAUGACAUUUUAAGCCAUCUGGCGUUACUUGUCACGCCAUCUGCAGGUGGUUGGAACAUUUACAGAGUGUAAGUGACCAGCGGUCGGCACUGCAUCACCAGCUGUGGUUGCACAGAAGGACACUAGCAGUGGUCACCGUGUUGUUCUGCCUCGAGUCAAUAUCUUGCAGCGAGGACUGUCAUGCCAGUGGAGUCGCCUCAGUGAGAAGAAAUUUCCAGGACCUUUCAAUAUUGCAACGUGCUCGUAGAACCCCAAAAUCGGGACUUAGCUUGUGUUUCAGAGUAAUUAUUGGUUGAGCUGGCUCUCAUUAUCUCCUUGAGGAUAAGCUAUAAAAAAUAUAUAGAAAGGAAAGUGGCGAAUGUGUUGGUAGCGAACAUAGAAAAAUCAAAAUCAUAAUUUGUAUAGAAUCUUUUAUAUCUGGUUAUCCAACAGAUGUGUUAUCGUUUAGUAAUUCAAGUAACGACUCACAGAUGACGGCGACAAAGUGAUCUGGGGUGAUUAUGUCGUUGGUGCGGUCAACCGCUUUUAUCAUCGUCCGCCAGUAUUGGCGGGAAGAAUGUGGUGGUUUGUGAUGCUGGAGAGGCUGCCGUCCGGGCCAGGGUGUCGGUACCUAGGCAACCCUAACAGCAUCCUGCCAUAAACCAUCCUGUUAUCUGUCUUGUGCCCCCGUGAUAUAUGCCCCUGAUAUAAUCAAGUGCCUACAGACAGUACCUGGCAAGUGUGUUUUAGACUGGGACAAGGUCAGACUUUCCUUACCGUGGAAGACUCGAUGAUUUAAACUCGGUCACAAGUAGUGAUCCUUGAAACAGUUGCCGCCGAACUGAUCUUAUUUAGGUGGUUAUAGGAGCUGCUUCGUAUGGGCCUUCUGCAGUUAUCUUUGUUCUUAUGUUCUUAACUGGUUGAGUGUGAUUUUAUUUUCGGUAGAAAAAUGAUCGACAAAGAAGAUAUGGAUAUGGAAGCAUUAUUACCAGGGACUGGCCAGAAGGACAAGAUGUGUACCGAUAGCAACAACAACCAUGGUCAGCGGAGACCCACUAAGAUAGCAGAGAAGUAUGGUUUACGGCCGCGGACCAUCAUCAGGAGACUUCAGCUGGAGAGAGCCCGAGAGAAUAUGCCCCAGAGGAUGUCCAAGACGCCCAAGAAUAGACCGCCGCCAUUGUCUAAGUACAGGAGAAAGACUGCCAAUGCCCGCGAGAGACAUCGCAUGAAGGAAAUUAACGAUGCCUUUGAAACCCUUCGUCGAGUUUUACCCGACUUCUGCAGUCGCCAAGCAGCGGCGGCCAUGACCAAGAUCACCACACUCAAACUGGCCGUCGACUACAUCAGAGCGCUCUCUCACAUCCUGGAAGAUGGACAUCCCGGUGAUAUUAAUUUCUUCGACGGCCUGAAAUUCGCUGAUGUCUGUGAGGGAAGCCCCACGCCUCAACCGCCCUCUCAUACCUACACCUUCCCGCCUCACAUUAUAUUCGCGCAGUCAACACCUGCCUCUACUGCCUCUCCCGGGGCCUCAUCUACUACCGCCUCAGCCCAUCUACGGGGCUCCAUCAGCAGCACCAGUGACCUAAGUGACCUCCUGUCUGACGACUCCUGCGUCUUCGAGGACAACUUAGACGCCUUCGAUGACAUUCCUGCGCUGCCCGAAGCUGAUCCCUUUGCUCUUCUCCUAGUCCCGGACGGAGAGGCACUGGCGUUGGGAUCGUAGUUUCUAAAGUUGUGAAAUCAUGUUCUGAGUGCACUAAUUCUUAGAAUUUAGGAUAAUGAGAAUUUAAGAUAACGUGGGCCUGGAUUCUGAACAUUUGUUCCCCAGAACAUAGAACAUCCACCCUCAUACUCAAAAGAUUUUCAGGUACAGAAAGCACAUGAAAAAUAAAUAGGUUCAGAGACUUUAGAUCCUUUGAACAUUGAUUAUAAUCUGUGGCGAAGGACAGUCUGUCAAUUGUUAAGGUGUUUAUAAACAGGCGUUGUAUUUAUGAUACAUAUUUAAAACAAUGUUUACAAAGUAUUAGUUCCUUAUGUAAAUAGUUUUCAAUUAUGACCGUCCAGCGCCCCAGAGCCACACUGGCUCAGCGCCUCACAAUUAUCUAUUUGACCACAACCCGUCCUCCUAAUAGAACGUCGCAUUUUGACGUACACACCACCUAAGGCCAAAAAUUGGCGUACUAGAAAAUGGUAGCUGCUCGCGAACUUGACGCAGUGUCCCGUUUUCUGUCCUCUGGUAGGUUAGGAUAAGGGGGCACUUUAGUACGACAGUUUCUUGACGUUGGGAAAUCUUAGGAGGACGGGCUGUGUGAUCACCCGUAUUAGGCAAAGGUGUAUAUAUGACGUAUGAUUGACGUACUGUUUUUUUCAAACCACAUAUGAAGUGGUUAAUGAUGGAUCGAAACUCGUAUGAUAGGCUAUGACUGCAUGUAAUAGUUCUGACGACAUAUAAUAGCUCUGAUUACAUAUACAAUUCCUGAUUGCAUAUCGUAGGACGAAACCACAUAUAAGAGGCUAUAUGAUUUGGACCCCAGACUUGUGCAAUGGUCCGAAAUGUGCGUUAUGUUAGCGGGUAACCCGUGUUUAUCAUUUUUUAUGACCAUUAUUUAAUGCUUUGCUCUCUCCUUAUAUCUUUUUUUUUUACCUCGCUGUGUUUCUCUCUGUCUCUGCAUGUGCCUUUUCUCUUUCAUCUCAUAUUACUUGUAUUACUGUAUUUUAUACUUAUACACACUCGCACGCACACACCCACACACACACACACACACACACACACACACACACACACACACACACACA